AUGACUGUCGUUGCAUCAACAUCAGAUGAUUUCUAUGCAAACUAUGCAUUCGAAACGUCAGAUCCAAAGAAUGAAAAUUCAAUCAGGGUACCUCGGAAUACAACAGAAAACCGUCGACUGAAAUACGGUCAUUCAGAAGAUGAUAAUUCAGAUAUUGCAUAUUUGAAUUUUCCUGUUAUUAUUCCAUCACUUCUUUUCACAAUAAUUUCAAUGGGAUGUUUCAUAGGUGGAAUUGUAACAUCACUGAGAACAGAUUAUAUUCCGGAUGAACGCGAGUUAAUACGAGGGUAUGUCAUCGAAUACGGCAGCAGUCGUUUCAGAUGCAAUUCAACAAUUCCAUUCCCAACUGAUGGGCUGCCCUCCAUUUUGAAUUUAUUCGAGUUGAAUGUGAUUGGAAACGUUUUGUUUCGCUAUGCAGUUUGCAUUCCAAUUGUAAUAAGAGUUUUCAAUGCGAUUACUAUCAGAAAUCUUCUUCGUCACGAAUACUCCACGAAAUUCUCUUCAUUACACAAAGUUAUGGCAGAUUCUAUGCCAAUUUUCACAUUUGUCGAGGCUUUUAUGAUGUCUCUUUUCAGCAUUGUUACAGUACACGAAGAUUUUCCAGAAGCGAAUAGAUUUUUCAAAAUAGUUUUUGCAAUGUCAUCUGUGGUCAAUAUGUUAACUACAACAACCGUCAUGUUUGCAUUCUCUUCAAAUUCUGAAAGUAAAUGGGAUACAACUUCAAUGAUAAUGAAAUUGAUAUCCGUAGUGAUAUAUGUAUAUUUCAUGCCACAAUAUAUUCAAUAUCAUCAAUCUUCAAUUACUUUUCCAAUAUGUCAUUCCUACAUGCCCCAACUAUUUGCUCUCAUGGAAUAUGUGAUCAUUGCUGCUUAUGCAACUUUUCAUCUAUCAUUUCUAAUCGAUAUCCGUAAUAUUUCUUUUAUUUGCUUCCCACGUUCUGCCAGUGGAGAAUGUGAACCAAUUGAUCCUACGAAUUUCAAGAAAGGUGCCAAAUACGAACAUUGCCGAGCGUUCGAAUAUAAUCAGCGGAGAAUAAUGAGUCUAUAA